AUGGCAGAGACUGCUAAUACUACAAAUGUUGAAGUUGACAAGAUUACUUACAGAAACUUCGAGAGUGAAAAAGACUUGGCGAUCAUAAUAGGCUUAAUCGAAAAGGAGUUAUCAGAGCCAUAUCCAAUAUACACCUACAGGUACUUUGUUUAAAAAUGGCCUCAGCAUACCUAUCUAGCUUUUUACGAAGAUUAGUGCAUUGGCUGUAUCGUAUCAAAGUUGGAUGAUCAUCAAAAGCAUGGGCAAUACGAGAAAUAAAAAAGAGGAUACAUUGCUAUGCUUGCGGUGCAUCCUGAUUUCAGACGACUUGGACUGGGAAGAAAACUUAUCUCAAAGACUCUUGAUAAAAUGAAAGAAGAUGGAGCUGAUGAGAUCAUUCUUGAGACCGAAAUCACUAAUCUAUCUGCUUUAAGGUUAUAUGAGUCGUUCGGAUUUAUCAGAGAUAAGAGAUUGCUUAGCUACUAUUUAAAUGGCAAUGAUGCUUAUAAGCUCAAACUAUAUGUUAAAUGA